ACAGAUAGAUAGCAGGAAGUCUGGGGGCUUUAAAAAAAAAUUUAGUAUCUUCUACUUUCAGACUUAAUUUUCAGGUUUAAUUUAUCUCUCCAAGAUUCUGAUAGUCAUAAUGGCUUCUACCUUUCCUUUCUCUCCUUUCCCUAAAUGAAGCACUUCCUGGCUGCUUAUACAAAUAAGUUAUGAAUUAUAUCAUGUACUGUGUUCAUAUUGAGAUCCACUGAAUAUAUUCGGCUGACUGUAACAAAGUACUAUUUCUGGGUUUAUUGCUUCAUAAGAUGGAAACUUUGAGAGACAGAAGAACUGCUCUGGCCAGUUGCCUCAUUAACAUGAAAGGGGAGGAAGACAUUGGUUCCAACAAAUUAUUUUGUAAAGUUAACCUAAGGCAGCAGAAGGAGAUCCCUCAUCUAUCAGACACAUGCGCCUGGUCAAAUAAACCUGGAGUUGAUUUCAACAGAAGUUUACACAAAGAGCUAUUCUCUUCUGAAAUGAAGAAUUAUUUGGGUAAGACUGAUCCAUUGCCACACAUUGGUAACAAAAUGCCUCCUUAUUUGAGAAAAUCAACAAGAAGAAAUUCAACUAAAGCAGCUGCUCAGAAAGAGUCAGUUAAUGUGGUUUUUCCUGCAAAAGAACAUCAUUUUGCUAAGAUUUUCUGUGGUAUUAAUGAAGCAAUAUUGAGUGACUGGCUGGAAAGAGCUAUCUGUUUUAUAAAUGACCUCAGAGAAUGGUGUCAUGUAGGGGAUAAUUUUGUACGGUUUGCAAAUUUUUGGCUCUCAGAAUUACCAUACAAACAAAAAGUAAACUUGCUGAAAUUAGAAAUGGGGAUCUUUGAGGAUGAACUGCAAAGUGCAUUUUUUGAAGAGGUGGGUGCUGAGUUAGAAGUUUCUCACCUGCAUUCCGUUCUUUCUGCAACACUGUGUGAAUACCCUGAAGUGCUUCUGAAUGAUGAAACAAAAUAUGUUUUCCUUGACUAUCUAAACCUCAUGUCUUCAGAGCAAACGAUAGAAUAUAAGAAAAUGCUUUCAAGUUUAAAAUGUACAACAAACAAUCUUCAGAUUGCACUGUGGUUGCUAGCUCUACGAGCAUUUGCAUUAGCAAAUCUUUGGCAUGCAGUAGUUAAGUUUUAUAAAGCAGUGGUCAGGAGCCAGCCUCCUCCUGGACUACCUAGCAAGAGUUCUGUUUCUGCUACUAGAAAACAAAAAAGUGAUCUGUUUAAAGAAAGAGCUUUUCAGUGCAUUCAGUUGGGAUACAUCGAUGUCUUACAUUAUCUAAUAAAAAGCCAGCAGACUGACCUUUAUGUUGUAGAUGAGAACAAUCGAAAUAUGAUAUUUUUAUCCGUCAUUUAUAAUCAACCAAAGAUUCUGGAGUACUUUUUGGACAUGGAAUCUCCUAUUCCCAAUGUAAACCAAGCAGCAGAAAAUGGAAAUACUCCACUUCAUGCUGCAGUUAACACUAGAAAAACAGAUAUUAUGUCUCUUCUUUUGCGUUUUGCUGAAAUUGAUGUCAAUACCCCCAAUCACCAAUGUAAUGGAGCAACAGCUUUACAUCUUGCUAUCAUCUAUGAACAUCUGGAUAUUUGUUAUUUAUUGCUGAAAGCUACAGCUGAUCCAGAAAUUCCAAUGGGAGAAUUGACACCUUUGCAACUUGCUCAGCAAAUGGCACAGUAAUAUUUGGUGAUGUUGAUAAUAUCAGUUUAUAUAGUGUUUGGACAUACAGAUUACUCCCAGUUUUUUGGUAUUAGAAAUAAAACACUGACCCGGAUUUUCUAAGUGGAACUUUGUUCUCAAGCUUCAGGCAGACAGAUGCAAGAUCUAUAAAUAAAUGUGUGUCUUAUUAAAUUUUUCACCUAAAAGAAUGAUCCUUACUGAGCUUUAUUAUAUGUUAUUGUUUUUCAAAAAACAAAACAAAACAAAAAAACCCACCACAACUAGGCAAGAAUUCACACUUGCUCCAGAAACUAGAAGUAAAAAGAAACUUCAAAAGUCAAGCUACAAUUUAAAUAGACAUUAACAGAAACUUAUAUAACUUCCCUAUUUUGUAUGUAUUGCUUCAAAAGAAAGCAUGUCCAAAGAUUAUUUAACCUCAAUUAACUCUGAAUUGUCUGAGAGUAAAAAAAAAAAAAAAAAAAAAAAAAUCCAAAGAUAAUUUUGAGUCUUCAUUUUUAUCAGUAUUAUAGUUUUCAGUUUUCCUUCACAUCCCCACCAAAUCAGUGGUCAGAUAGGCUAAUUUGAGAACUUCAUUCUUUUCUGAAUUUACCCUAAGUCAGGCAGCAGAAGGAAGAACAGGAGAAAAUCAGCAAGACAUGAAUAAUCUAUAAAUUGAAUUUUAAUUCCCUAAAUAAUUCACAAAUGGAUAAAUAUUGGCAGCUGCUUUUUAUCAAGUAUAAAAAGUAGCUAGGAAUGAAAUUGAAUUUGUUACAUAUCCUGCCUGUCUUAUAAUCGAUCUAAUUAACUUAUAUUUUAUCUUUAUUUCCCCUUGUACUCUGUGUUCUUCAAUAAGAAAACAAAUUUAAUUCAUUUUGUCAUCAGAAUAAACUGAUUAAACCCAACUUCAGCAUAGAUCACAAUUUAAAAGCAGCUACCAUUUGUAAUUUGCAAAAUAAUAUUAUGAAAGUCCUACAAAAUGGAAGACACGAAUAAUAAAUGGUUAUUAUUCUUUCAAUUCUUUUUUCCCUUUUUUAAAAGAUGAAGUUUGAUUUUAGCACUUUCUUACAACUGUCAAUGGAACCUGGCUAAUUCUCACCAAUGUUAUAUUUGCUUUAAUUCUUGUAAUCUAGCCACUUUCAUUUUGCUGCUAUAAAGUCUAAUGGAUAGAAAGAGAAAAGUCAUACAUACACAUAAUACAUAGAGACAGACAUUCACAUAUACACGUCUGUGUUUAUAAUUAUUUAAAUAUUUUUAAAAUACAUUUUAUUGGUGCAUUUUGUCUCUAUCUUCAUAAAAAAGGGAAUUUUUAUGAGUUUCCAUCAUUGUCUAUUAGUUAUCAUAGUUACUCUGCUCUCUGGAUUGGACCUUAACUUCUGUCAAAGGAAACAAUCAAACAUUAAGAUUUGAUGCAAUGACUAUAUCUGCCCAUCCAUAUAGUAUUC